AUGGGGUGGCUGCGCUCCAGUGGGCUCAUUGCCCUACUCGCAGCGACUGCAACAGCUUGGCCGUACGACCCAGAUUUGACAGAAUACAAUCUGAACGAAAAUAAAACAGCAACCAAUCCUGCAGACUACUAUGGAUACUGGACCGGUCACGAUUUCCAUCCUUCCCCAGAAAACUGGCGUGUCCCAUUCUACACGCUAUUCUUGGAUCGUUUCGUCAAUGGUGAUCCUACAAACGAUAAUAUCAAUGACACGUAUUUCGAACAUGACCUGAAUUCAAACCAAAUGCGCCAUGGUGGUGAUGUGGCUGGACUGCUGGAUACACUGGACUACCUACAAGGAAUGGGAAUUAAGGCCCUCUACAUCGCCGGAACCUCCUUGAUGAAUCAGCCUUGGGGAUUCGACGGAUACUCAGCUCUUGAUACCACCUUGCUCGACCAACACUACGCUACUAUUACUGCGUGGAGAAAUGCCAUCACCGAGAUUCACAAACGUGGAAUGUAUGUUGUCUUUGACAACACAAUUGCAACCAUGGGUGAUUUGAUCGGAUUCGAAGGCCAUCUUAACACCACGACCCCCUUUUCUGAGAAGGAAUACAAGACUGUCUGGAAGACUAAUCGUCAAUACGUUGAUUUCAAUAUGGGAGAAACGUACAACAAAACCUGCAACUACCCUCGAUUCUGGUUCGAAAAUGGAUACCCCGUUGUGCAGACACAGAUUCAAAACUUGGUUGGCUGCUACGACAGUGAUUUCGAUCAAUACGGUGAUGUCGAGGCUUUCGGUGUGUUCCCUGAUUGGGAGCGUCAGUUGGCCAAGUUCGCCUCCGUGCAAGAUCGUCUCCGUGAAUGGAUUCCGAGCGUGCGAGAGAGAUUGAUUCGUCACUCCUGUAUCAUUAUCCAAUCGCUGGAUAUCGAUGGCUUCCGUUAUGAUAAAGCUACGCAGUCAACAGUAGAUGCUUUGGCAGAUAUGUCAGCAGCCUAUCGAGAGUGCGCGCGAGAAGUUGGCAAAGAAAACUUUUUCAUUGCGGGUGAAAUCACUGGUGGUAACACCUUCGGAUCCGUGUACCUUGGACGAGGCCGGCAACCCGAUCAGCGUCCUGGCAACUACACUGAUGGUAUGCUCAUGACAAACGAAUCGUCGUCUAUAUAUUUCCUCCGUGAACAAGGCAAAGAGGCUAUCGAUGGUGCGGCCUUCCACUACUCGACUUAUCGUGCCUUGACCCGAUUUCUUGGUAUGGACGGUGAGCUUUCAGCGGGUUACGAUGUGCCUGUCAACUGGGUUGAUGCAUGGCACGAUAUGCUUGUGAGCAAUGACCUUGUCAAUGCCAACACCGGAAAAUUUGAUCCCCGACACAUGUUUGGUUCUACCAACCAGGAUGUUUUCCGUUGGCCUUCUGUUCAGUAUGGUAUCGAAAGACAGCUCCUGGGUUCAUUUGUGACUACCUUGCUUAUGCCUGGAAUCCCACUUCUCCUGUGGGGUGAGGAACAAGCUUUCUACAUUCUUGAUGCUACUGCGGAGAAUUAUAUCUAUGGUAGACAGGCUAUGUCAGCCGCAACGGCCUGGCAAACUCAUGGCUGCUUCUCCUUAAACUCUUCUCAGUACUACAAUUGGCCUAUUGAGGCUGCCCGUCACGGUUGCAGUGAUGACACAGUCUCAUACGACCAUCGUGAUCCCACUCACCCACUGCGCAAUAUCUACAAGCACAUGUAUCAACUCCGUGAACAAUACCCUGUAUUCAAUGACGGUUAUGCCCUCGGAAACUUGUCAAACAUCACUUCCUUUGUGCAAUAUCCCGGUUCAAGUGGAACACCUACAGAAACCGGAAUGUGGUCCGUCAUUCGGAGUGCUCAACUCGACGUCCAGGAUCUUGGCUCGGCUGCCGACAACCAGGCCAUCUGGCUUGUAUACCAAAAUGUCAACCGUACCCAGGAUUACACGUUCGACUGCACUAAUAUCAACACUUCUCUGGUAUCUGCUUUCCCGACAGGUACCAAGGUCAAGAACCUCUUCUACCCGUAUGAUGAGUUGACCCUUAUUGAUUCCCCGAAGAAAACAUACUACAAUGGGUCUCAAAAAUGGAAUGGUUGCUAUCCCAACAUGACUAUGAAAGCGUACGAAUUCCGCGCAUACGUUCCUUAUGAUUCUUUCAAACUUCCGAGGCCCAUGGUGACCAAAUUCACACCCGGUCAUGACUACCCUUUGAAGUCAACAGUGGCUCCCAACCUUUCGGAAGACGUUGAGAUCGAGUUCUACUUCUCACAGGUGAUGGAAUGUGAUUCCAUCACCAAUGGUUUGUCGAUGAAUUCCUCGACUGAGAUAGGGCAAAUCCCAGAAAUCAGAUCAAGCACUAUCAAAUGUACCAAUAUCACCACUACUUCGACCACAUACACCGGUCAAAUCCCUAGCGUCUGGAAGUGGUCGGCAAAUUUGACCAAUGUUUACAACGGCGUUCAUCGAUUGACCCUUACAAAUGUCACCAACAAUCUCGGAGAUGAUAAAACCAACGCAGUCGACCACUUCUUGUUCCGCAUUGGCCAGCACGAUAAUCCUAUGGUCUACUCAUCCGCCAACUAUUCCACCAGUCUGCUUCACCGGGAUGCCAACGACACUCUUUUCAUCGAGCACCACGCUGCAGGCGCUGAUAAAUACCGUUAUACCACCAAUUGGGGUACUUCGUGGUCGAAAUGGAUCACGUAUAAUGGAGGCAAUGACACGAUCACUGAACUUGCUUGGACUGGAUCCAAGAAACAGGACUGGAAGGGUGAUCACGUUCGUGUAGAGUACUGGAGUCACUGGACCGGUAGCAGCGACUAUGUACAAGAAGGUGAUACCAACUGGGGUCACUCAGUUUCGCGUCGUUGGCCGCAUGCCUGGUUCAAUGGUCCUUAUAACCAGUAUGGAUACGACGGCGGUCUAGAUUCAGACAUUAAGCUUGACACCAAGGACGGGAUUUGGAAGUAUCAUUUCACAUAUGAAUGGCCAGCUGUCGGUCAAGUUAAUAUCUGGGGCAUGAACCCUAACGGAAAGCCGGACGAGAGCUGGGUGUUGGGUGAUGCCGAUGGUGAUGGCAUCUUGGACAGAAUGCCACCAUCUUCCCUAUCAACUACUGUCAUCAACAUUACCGAGCCUCCACCAUCCCCACAUCUGUCAUGGCAGGUUAACAUCAACGAUGGCAGCUAUCGCUUUACUCUUACACCCGUUGGAUCGCAGUCAUGGCAAAUCGCUCUUUACAUUCUCUUCUGGAUCAUCCCACCCAUUACCGGUGCAGCAUGUGUCUACAUCUUUAUGAAGUCGUUCUACAAGGUCAAGUUCAACGAAGUUGGCAUCAGCGAGAAGCACAACUUUGCUCCCAUGGUGUUCUUGAAGAAACUUAAGCCGUUCGGUAGUUCGACCGAUGGAUCUGGAAGCGCUCUUACACGUUUUGGCAACAAAUCUGGUUUCAUGCAGAGUACCACCGCUUUAGGGGCCAUGGGAACUGGCAAGCGUCGCACCGUUCUGAUCGCUACUAUGGAGUACGACAUCGAGGAUUGGGCCAUCAAGAUUAAAAUUGGAGGUCUUGGUGUCAUGGCACAGCUGAUGGGAAAGACCCUUGGACAUCAAGAUCUGAUCUGGGUCGUUCCUUGCGUCGGUGGUAUUGACUACCCUGUUGAUCAAGUGGCGGACCCAAUGGAGGUCACCAUUCUUGGCAGCAAAUAUCAAAUUCAAGUCCAAUAUCACGUUCUUAACAACAUCACUUACGUGUUGCUCGACGCUCCAGUGUUCCGCCAGCAGUCAAAGUCCGAGCCAUAUCCCGCUCGUAUGGAUGACCUUGACAGUGCAGUGUACUACUCUGCUUGGAACCAAUGUAUUGCACUUGCGAUCAAGCGUUUCCCCAUCGAUCUUUACCACAUUAACGAUUAUCACGGAUCUGUUGCUCCACUUUAUCUCCUCCCCGAAACCAUCCCCGCCUGUCUCUCUCUCCACAACGCCGAGUUCCAAGGUCUUUGGCCAAUGCGCACCCAAAAGGAGCGUGAUGAAGUUUGCAAAGUGUUCAAUCUUGACGAGGAGGUAGCUCGGCGCUACGUCCAGUUCGGUGAAGUUUUCAAUCUGCUUCACGCAGGUGCCAGUUAUCUACGUGUUCAACAGCAAGGUUUCGGAGCUGUCGGUGUGUCUAAGAAGUACGGUAAACGAUCUUACGCUAGAUAUCCCAUUUUCUGGGGUUUGCGAAAGGUCGGUAACUUGCCCAACCCUGAUCCUUCUGAUGUUGGUGAAUGGACUAAGCAGCCCACCAAGGAGGAAGAUAUCACAGUUGAUCAGCAGUACGAAGCUGGCCGCGGUGAACUCAAACGACAGGCCCAGGAGUGGGCAGGUCUGCAGCAAAACCCAGACGCUGAUUUGCUUGUUUUCGUCGGUCGCUGGUCUAUGCAAAAGGGUGUUGAUUUGAUCGCUGAUGCCAUGCCUGCUGUCCUCGAGUCCCGCCCCAAUGUACAAAUCAUCUGCAUUGGUCCAGUUAUCGAUCUUUAUGGAAAAUUCGCUGCUCUGAAGCUUGGUCGCAUGAUGGAGGUCUACCCUGGUAGAGUCUUCUCGAAGCCAGAAUUCACUGCCCUCCCCCCAUUCAUCUUCUCUGGCGCUGAAUUCGCCCUUAUUCCGUCCCGUGAUGAGCCUUUCGGUCUUGUUGCCGUCGAGUUCGGUCGUAAGGGUGCCCUCGGUAUUGGUGCCCGUGUCGGUGGUCUUGGUCAAAUGCCCGGAUGGUGGUAUAACGUCGAAUCAACCUCCACAUCGCACUUGCUCACGCAGUUCAAGUUGGCCAUCGAAGCUGCAUUGAACUCCAAGGAGUCUACCCGUGCAAUGAUGCGUGCCAGAUCUGCGAAGCAGCGUUUCCCCGUUGCCCAGUGGGUCGAGGAUCUCGAGAUCUUGCAAAACACCGCCAUCGAAGUUCACAAGAAGGAAGUGGCCAAGGGCCACGGUCGCCCUCUUACUUCAAACGGUGGUUUCGGUGCUAUUGGUACCCUUAAAUCCCCUCCUCUGGGUGGUCUCAGCCCCAUGCCUCCCUCACCCGGCCCCGGCUUUGGUGGCUUCCCUCACUCCAGAGAUAGCAGCUACUCCAACUUUAGUCAGGUACUCGAGCUGGGUCCUCAGAAGCGGAGCACCAUUUACAGUCGAGACAUUAGUCCUUCAGAUAUGGAGAAGCCGAAGUCUGGUCUUGGCCGCUCUCUCUCCCUGGGUGUGCGUUCCGGUCCUGGUCACCGGGGCCGUCAGGGCCGCCCACAGCAAGAGGGAGGUCUUGAAGAAGGAAACGAAAGCUCCGUUGAGAGUGAUUACGAAACCAGCGACGAUGAAAUAGGACACAGCAUGUAUGGCGAUGAUGAGUACACCCUCACACCUCAACAGGUUGAAGAAGAACGACGGGCACAGGCUGCCCUAAGAAACCAUGGCAAUACUCUCGCUGGUCUCUCUCAGUCAUCGAGACAAUACAGUCAGGACUCUUUGGCACAGCCAAGGUGGCCUUUACCUCCCUCUAGCCCCAUCACACCUCCAGUGGCUACUGACUCCCUUCUCCUGCCUCCUCGACCUUUGACUGAAAGUCACAGAUAUAGCAAUGCGUCUGUCCUGUCCCUUGAUUCCGUCGUUGGUGACAAGAAGGACUUCAAGCUGCAGAAGGUUGAUCCCUUCUUCACUGACAAUACAGGCGAAUAUUACCACAACUUCGAGGACAAGCUGAAGGCCCUAAAUGGUUCCAACUCGGAGAGUCAGCUCUGUAUCGAAGAGUUCUUGGUGAAGAGUGAACAGGAAUGGUUCGACAGAUUCCGCAAUGCUAAACUGGGUCGCCACAAGUCACCAACACCAUCCAUGUACCGCGGAAAGCACAACGCAUCGCCUGCCGUCUCUAUGGUUAAUGACGAGGCAUUCUCUCACAUCGCUGAUAGUGAUCCGGAGUCUGAGGACGACGAGUUCCUUUUAGGAAAAGACUACAUCGCUCCCACUGGUUUGAAGAAGUGGAUGCAGAUCAAGAUUGGUGACUGGCCCGUCUACUCCAUCUUCCUUGCCGUCGGUCAAAUCAUCGCCGCCAACUCUUACCAGAUCACCUUGUUGACUGGAGAGGUUGGUGAAACCGCAGAAAAGUUGUAUGGUAUCGCGACUACAUACGCCAUCACCUCUGUCCUUUGGUGGCUUUGUUACCGGUACUUCAAGUCUGUCGUGUCUCUGUCUCUCCCUUGGUUCCUCUAUGCUCUUGCUUUCCUCCUGAUCGGUUCCGCUCACUGGGUUGAUGAUAGCUUCAACCGUGGAUGGGUUCAAAAUAUUGGAAGCGCUAUUUAUGCUGCGGCUUCAUCCAGUGGAUCGCUCUUCUUCGCCUCCAAUUUCGGCGACGAAGGUGGUGCUCCUGUUGAAACCUGGAUCUUCCGUGCCUGUAUUAUUCAAGGUGUCCAGCAGGCAUACGUUAUCGCACUUUGGUACUGGGGAUCUACAUUGAGCCAGGCAUCUAGCUCUGGUACUUUGGAUUCCGACUCUAUGAUUUCAAAUAGCUGGAAGAUGUCUGCUAUCUGCUACCCGAUUACUCUCCUCCUUUGCGCAAUCGGUGUUCUCAUGAUCUUCGGUCUACCUAACUACUACCGCCAAAAGCCAGGAAAGGUUCCAUCUUUCUACAAGUCCUUGGUCCGCAGAAAGAUUGUCCUGUGGAACUUUGUUGUCGUCAUCCUGCAAAAUUUCUUCCUAAGUGCUCCUUAUGGUCGUAACUGGAGCUUCCUUUGGACCUCUGCCCACACCCACGGAUGGCAGAUUGUUAUCUUGUGUAUUGUAUUUUUUGGCUUUGUUUGGUGCAUCUUUCUCUACAUCAUCAGCAGAUUCUCCAAGCGCCACACCUGGUUCCUGCCUGUGUUCGCCUGCGGUCUCGGUGCUCCUCGUUUCAUCCAGAUCUGGUGGGGUGUCUCUGGUAUCGGUUACUACUUGCCCUGGGUGGCCGGUGGGUACACUGGUGGAGCCCUUGCAUCCCGUAGUCUAUGGCUAUGGCUGGGAGUGAUGGAUUCAAUCCAAGGCCUUGGAUUUGGUGUGAUUCUUCUACAGACCCUCACCCGUGUGCAUAUGUUGUUCGCCCUGAUUGCUUCUCAAGUUAUCGGUUCCGCUGCCACAAUUUGUGCUCGAGCUUUCGGCCCCAAUGCAACUGGCCCCGGUCCUAUCUCUCCUGAUGUAACAAAGGGUGGCCAGGCCUUUGCAAACGCCUGGUUCUGGGUAGCUCUGUUCUGCCAACUGCUUUGCUGCGGCGGCUUCUUGCUUUUCUUCCGGAAAGAACAGCUCUCGAAGCCUUAA